AUGAAGUUCGCCGAGCACCUCUCCGCGCACAUCACUCCCGAGUGGAGGAAGCAAUAUAUCCAGUAUGAGGCUUUUAAGGAUAUGCUGUAUUCAGCUCAGGACCAGGCACCUUCUGUGGAAGUUACAGAUGAGGACACAGUAAAGAGGUAUUUUGCCAAGUUUGAAGAAAAGUUUUUCCAAACCUGUGAAAAAGAACUUGCCAAAAUCAACACAUUUUAUUCAGAAAAGCUCGCAGAGGCUCAGCGCAGGUUUGCUACCCUUCAGAAUGAGCUUCAAUCAUCACUGGAUGCACAGAAAGAAAGCACUGGUGUUACCACGCUGCGACAACGCAGAAAGCCAGUCUUCCACCUGUCCCAUGAGGAACGUGUCCAACAUAGGAAUAUUAAAGACCUUAAACUGGCCUUCAGCGAGUUCUACCUCAGUCUUAUCCUGCUGCAGAACUAUCAGAAUCUGAAUUUUACAGGGUUCCGAAAAAUCCUUAAAAAGCAUGACAAGAUCCUGGAAACAUCUCGUGGAGCAGAUUGGCGAGUGGCUCAUGUAGAAGUAGCCCCAUUUUAUACAUGCAAGAAAAUCAACCAGCUCAUCUCUGAAACUGAGGCUGUAGUGACCAAUGAACUUGAAGAUGGUGACAGACAAAAAGCCAUGAAGCGUUUACGUGUUCCCCCUUUGGGAGCUGCUCAGCCUGCACCAGCAUGGACUACUUUUAGAGUUGGCCUAUUUUGUGGAAUAUUCAUUGUAUUGAAUAUUACUCUUGUGCUUGCCGCUAUAUUUAAACUUGAAACAGAUAGAAAUAUAUGGCCCUUGAUAAGAAUCUAUCGGGGUGGCUUUCUUCUGAUUGAAUUCCUUUUUCUACUGGGCAUCAACACAUAUGGUUGGAGACAAGCUGGAGUAAAUCAUGUGCUCAUCUUUGAACUUAAUCCAAGAAGCAAUUUGUCUCAUCAGCAUCUCUUUGAGAUUGCUGGAUUCCUUGGGAUAUUGUGGUGCCUGAGCCUUCUGGCAUGCUUCUUUGCUCCAAUUAGUGUCAUCCCCACAUAUGUGUACCCACUUGCCCUUUAUGGAUUUAUGGUUUUCUUUCUCAUCAACCCCACCAAAACUUUCUAUUAUAAAUCCCGGUUUUGGCUGCUUAAACUGCUGUUCCGAGUGUUUACAGCCCCCUUCCAUAAGGUAGGCUUUGCUGAUUUCUGGCUGGCCGACCAGCUGAACAGCCUGUCCGUGAUACUAAUGGACCUGGAGUACAUGAUCUGCUUCUACAGCUUUGAGCUCAAAUGGGACGAAAGUGAGGGCCUGUUGCCAAAUGAGUCAGAAGAAAUUUGCCACAAAUAUUCAUAUGGUGUGAGGGCUGUUGUUCAGUGCAUUCCUGCUUGGCUUCGCUUUAUCCAGUGCCUGCGCCGAUACCGAGACACAAAAAGAGCCUUUCCUCAUUUAGUUAAUGCUGGGAAAUACUCCACGACUUUCUUCACAGUGACGUUUGCAGCCCUUUACAGCACUCACAAAGAACGAGGUCACUCAGACACCACGGUGUUCUUUUAUCUGUGGAUCGUCUUUUGUUUCAUCAGUUCCUGUUAUACCCUCAUCUGGGAUCUGAAGAUGGACUGGGGUCUUUUUGAUAAGAAUGCAGGAGAAAAUACCUUCCUCCGGGAAGAGAUUGUAUAUCCCCAAAAAGCCUACUAUUACAGUGCCAUCAUAGAGGACGUGAUCCUGCGCUUUGCUUGGACUAUCCAGAUCUCAAUUACCUCCAUGACUUUGUUGCCUCAUUCUGGGGACAUCAUUGCUACUGUCUUUGCUCCCCUUGAGGUUUUCCGGCGAUUUGUGUGGAACUUCUUCCGCCUGGAGAAUGAACAUCUGAAUAACUGUGGUGAAUUCCGUGCUGUGCGGGACAUCUCUGUGGCCCCUCUGAAUGCCGAUGAUCAGACGCUGCUAGAGCAGAUGAUGGACCAGGAAGAUGGGGUUCGGAACCGCCAGAAGAAUCGGCCGUGGAAGUACAGUCAGAGCAUAUCCCUGCGCCGGCCUCGCCUCGCCUCUCAAUCCAAGGCUCGUGACACUAAGGUAUUGAUAGAAGACACAGAUGAUGAAGCUAACACUUGA